GGAGUUAGUGUCCUUUCGGCAGCGAAACGAACCGGUCGCGAAACGCGUUUCCUCCCCCACGUGUGGUAGAUGAACAUUGAUGUUGGAUAGAGCUGUGUGGUGUGUAUUUGCAGUUCCAUAGCUCCCAUAGCACUAUUUUUGGAAUACUAGCAGUGCAGUAUUAUAGUUGUAGUACUACUCGACGCACAAACAGUCCGGCGACGACGGGAUGGACAGACGGAACGCAGCUGCGUAUCUUCGAUCGGGUUGUUCGGGAUCAGCUGAUAGCUCCAUACCGCCGCCCCCGUGUCGGCGAGUUUGGUGGAAUCGGGAUGGUGUUGACUGCUGAAAUGGUGUGCUCCUGGGGAUUGCUGUGAACAAGCGGGGUUGCUUUCCUGUGUUAUCACACAAGUUGCGUGAAAAAUUCUGCGAAUGUACGAAGAUUUAGUGAUAUGUUGCUAAUAAAAGAAGAAAUCAGUUUUGGAAUAACAUCCGGUCAGUGCUUAUGAUUAUGGAUUUUGUGCAAUGUGACACUGCCUUCCGCAACUUAAACGGUGGUGUUUUUGUUUAACCAACUAAAAAUGAGUUCAAUUGCGGUUUUGAACAUUUCGAAUGCAGCGAUGCCUUCAUCAUCGCCAACAAACGACUUUAGUGAAAAUCUAGGAGAUACCCACAGCAGAGCCGAGAAAAUAGCCUCAACGAAACCCCUGGCAGAUGGCGCUCGCCUGUGUUGAAUAAGUGAAGAGUGAAAAAUAUACUGAAGUCUGAAAGUUGUUAGCCAAAAGUUCGAAAAAAAAGUGACGACCGGAAAGAGCAAGUGCAACCGAAAAGUGUAAACUUCUAAAUGCAGCGGCGCUGCGUGGAGAACCAUCGAAAGCGGCGAAAAGAACCAGCUUGCUGUGACGGCCUCCCGUUCAAGCUACGGUGUGUGAGUUGAGUCCACCACCUUUGAGUGAAUCCAAGUCAGCUCUGGUUGCGGCGAAGACCAUAAAGGGAAAACGAGGAAGCCAAAACGGAAGCCAUAGUUUUGAUGUGCGAGUUAAUUAAAAAUAAUUGCUUGUUGAAACAAGUUGUAGUGGUUCACUAAUUAGGGAAAGUGCGAGGGAAAACGAAGAAAUAGUUGAAGAUAAAGGUUUGAUACGAUAGCUGAAAAUUGAGAAGAAACGCAACAAUGCUAGCUAAAUUAGGUGUAAAUAUAGUCAUACUGCUAGCCUUAGGAAAAGAAAUCAAAGCCAGCUGGGAAGAAUGGUGGACGUACGACGGAAUCUCAGGGCCCGCCUUCUGGGGAUUGAUCAACCCACAGUGGAAUAUGUGCAACAAAGGUCGCCGCCAGUCACCCAUCAACGUGGAGCCGGAGAAGCUGCUGUUCGAUCCCUAUCUCAGGUCGCUGCACAUCGAUAAGCACAAGAUUUCCGGCACGCUGCACAACACGGGCCAGUCGUUGGUGUUCCGCGUGGACAAGGACACCAAGCAGCAUGUAAAUAUUUCCAGCGGUCCCCUCGCCUAUCGGUACCAGUUCGAGGAGAUCUAUUUCCACUACGGGACGGAUGAUGGCCAGGGCUCGGAGCAUCACGUCCACGGGUACAGCUUUCCAGGGGAGAUUCAAUUAUACGGCUUCAACAAGGAACUGUAUCACAACAUGUCCGAGGCGCAGCACAAGGCCCAGGGCAUUGUGGGGAUCUCGCUGAUGGUGCAGAUCGGCGACACGCCCAACCCAGAGCUGCGAAUAAUCACCAGCACCUUCAACAAGGUCACCUACAAAGGUUCUUCCACGCCGAUUCGGCACAUCUCGCUGCGGUCGCUGUUGCCAAAUACGGAGCAGUACAUGACGUACGAGGGAUCCACCACGCACCCGGGCUGCUGGGAGAGCACGGUAUGGAUCAUCCUGAACAAACCGAUCUACAUCACCAAGCAGGAGUUAUAUGCGCUGCGGAAGUUGAUGCAAGGCUCGGAGCAGACACCGAAGGCACCGCUGGGGAACAAUGCGAGGCCGCUGCAAGCGUUGCAUCACCGGACGGUGCGAACGAAUAUCGACUUUGCUCACACCGGGGCAAAUAAGAAUCAGAACUGCCCCACCAUGUACAAGGAUAUGUACUACAAGGCGAAUCGGUGGACGUCGGAAAUUGCGUCCCGUGGUCGCGAACGAGGUCUUCCCGACAUAGAUUCGGUGUUCCACUCGCUACCGUAGUGGAGCUGGAGCGGGGGUGGUGGCAGCGGUAGCGUCGGUUCGAGUAACCGCCUCGGCGGAAGUGUGGCCAAAUAUCCCCAUUGAAGAAUCACCGAAGCCGUAGUGGCAGUAGCAGCUGUGCGGCCUGCGGGUAAGUCCCGCAGGGGUGUUUGACUUUCUUAGCUAGGGAUUUCACGAUGAGAUCGAAUGAGAAUGAGAUGUGUAAAAAAAAAACAGAAUGACAAAUGCAAAGUAUUCCUAUUUUUAUGAAGAACUGAUUAUGGAUGGGCGUCGUAGAAAAUCUGUAUAAAAUGUACUGUUACUAGAUCUUUACUGUAAAGUAUGACCGGAAAGUGCGAAGGAGAUUGCUUCUCGAAAAAAUAUGAAAUGCCAAACAAAAUUACCACUGAUCGAAAAAGACAGAACUAAACUGAACGAGGAACCCCUUUUUGGGGUGGACAAUAAUUCAAAUAUUUAACAAAAAAAAAGUUUUGAUCAAAACGAACUCACAAACACUCAUACAUCAAUCCGCUUAACUACGAGCAGACCUGUCAAGUUUCAAGAUGACGAUAUUUUUAUAGCAAAAUCCAAGCAAGCAUGUUCUGUCAGUCCACCCUCAUUGUUGCUUGCAUGCAGUGCUAAUUGCAGAUCUUUUGUACAUACUCAUAACCUCCAAAUACCGAAGGUAACGUUGUAGAACAAUACGAACAACUAGCAAAAAGUGCUUCUAUUGAACUUACUAGAAAAUUAACCUUCAACAAAGUAACGGAAGCCUAAACGAACAUAACAAUUAAACAACCACAGUAUAGUAGAAUUUUUAUAACAUGAUGCCUAAACGAAUAUUAUAGUGAACAUUGCAUUAGUUGUACAUUUGCAAAUACAGUCGUUGUUAUCAUGGGUUUGUAAUUUCAAGAAGCAGAUGUAAAGGCUAUGAAUUAACUGUCUGUAAAAAAUAAUUACACUCGUAAUUCGAUACUAUCGAAGGGGAACACGGUGAACCAAACGUAACGAAAACUGCUGCGACAAUUACGACGAUGAAAGUGCGAACAUGAACAGACUUCCAGGCUGGCGUUGAGUUGUUUUGUUUCCUCUGGCAACCGGAUGCUUAGAUGGAUGUGCGGCGUGCAAUUUGUAAACAAAACCGAAGCAUCUGUCAAUCAAACCGAUAAACGUGCAUCAAUUAGAACCGUGUUUUGCCAAGCAUGUUUCUUGAACACAAAAUUAAACAAGUGCUUAAUGAAGAUAUUAUACUGCUGUAUACUGAAAUAGUGAACAAAACACGAAACAAAAAGAAUACAAAAAACGAAACGCAAUAUUCUACUACAACCAUCCACAUACACACAAAAAUACCCUACCAUGUAACCAAAGUAUUGAAAACACUCUCCUAUAUACCACUUUCUGAACCGAAAACAAACAGGUUUGAAGCAAAUCAAAUUAUUGAAUUUAUUUAACCAAGAAUUCAAUUCAAAAUGACAAAAGCAAAGCGAAUAAAAGUUAUUAACCAUUUC